CUCUCUCCUCUUUCUUAUUUCCUCUCAUCUCUCACAACUUUUCUUCUCAAAUCUGUUACAAUGUCCUACGGUGGUGAAGCUAGCAGUUACCAAGGCGGUGAAGCCAACAGCUAUCAAGGUGCCGUUGGCGGUUAUGGACAGCCUGAAGGAUCUCCAUAUGGCCAAAACGUAGCCGAUGCAAGCCGAUAUGCCUCGCAGCAUGCUGGUAGCGAAGAAGAACACAGCUUGUUCUCGUCUGUCCUUUCGAACAUCGUGGACAAGAAGGACUCGGUCGACGACCCGUCGGACGAUGACGUUGCAGCGGCAGAGAAUAAGCACAGAGAACUUUAUGGUGAUGGAGCUCAGUCUUCCUCGCCCCGCGAUAUUGGUUCUGCUGCUGCUGUGGAAGCUUACGAAAAGCACCGCUCGGGCGGUGAAAGCGGUGGCAUGAACGCCUUCAUCGGCAUGGCCAUGGCCGAGGCUGCUAAGCUCUUUGCCAAGCAAAGUGGUGGCGGCAGCAGCGGUGGCUCCGACAAGUCAGAAGCUAUUCAAUCAGCUGCUAUGAUGGCCUUCAAGCUGUACUCUCAAAAGCAGGGUGGCAGUAGUGGCUCCAGCGGCGGUAUCGGUAGUAUGAUUGGAAUGCUCAUGUCUGCCCAGGGCGGUGGAUCAGGACAAAAGGAAUCGUCAGGCUUGGGUGGAAUGGUCAGCUCCAUGCUUGGUGGAGGAAAGAAGGAAGAAAGCCACUCCUCCGGUGGCGGCGAUAUGGCCAGCAAGUUGAUUGGCAAGUUUUUCUAAUGUGUAUAUCCCCCGUUUUCCAUAUUACAUAACAUUACGUGAAGAGCACAGUGGGCCCCUGCAAAUGUCUUUUGUAUAACAUUGUUAAAUACAUAACCUUUUGUUUAAUUACGUC